CCUCUUCUUGAUGAAGCCACCAGAAGUGGAAGAUGAUGGCCAGAAUGGGCAAAAAGAUCAGAGCAGAGCGCCGCCGCCUGAACAUAUCCAGGUUCGUCUUUCAUUUUCCUCAAAUUUGACUUCAGGCUUCCUGUUCACCCGGAGUUCGAGGGCACACGGAAGUCCUACUUUCCAGAAUUCUUUCUCUAGACAGCACACACCUUCAACGUCCAGCACGUACCCACCGAGCCAGUCCGCAAGUUCGCCCAGCAGCGCUGCCUCUCCGGUGUCACCGCCACAGAAUUACCGACAACAAUCACAAAUAGCAGGAUCACCAUUCGCGCAAUCCCCUCAAUCAUCUCAGUCAUCUUACACAUAUCCGGCAUAUACCACCCAUCCGUCUUAUGUGCCGGAAUCUACAUACGCCUAUGCUUCACAAAGCCAAGCUCCAUAUACACAAGCCAGUGUAGCUACACACGGCGAGCACUCGGGAUACGCUCAUCACCAUGGGAGACACUCGACAACAGAGAACCCAUACCAAAGCCGCAGUGCAUACGGUAGUAGCGCAAAACAGCCAACGGUAUCGCACCAGACGUCUCCGUAUGCCACUUCGCCCUACACGACAGCACCUUACACGACUACCACCGCGCCAACAUACUCUUACGCACCUUCCCCCCAGUAUUACAGUUACCCAAGCUCAGGUCCUUGA